AUGUCCUAUCAUCACCUCCUCACUCCUGAUCUUCUACACGAAGCAAGGCGCAACGCCCGUCGUCGUCACGUUCAUUCCUUCCAAGACGGCAUAACUCUCAAAUUCGGACAAGGUGUGACCAAAGAAGAAUACGACAUCCUUCAACUCGUACACAGUACCGGUUGUACAUUUUCGCCCGUACCUCUCGAAUGGUCAACUUACCAAGAAUGUAACGUGAUAGCCAUGACCACCCUUCCAGGAUUACCUUACGGCCAUAAACGCAUAUACCCAGGAGACAAAGAAUCCAUCUGUGGCGAUUUGAAGCGGAUCAUGGAUGACCUCAACGAUUCUCUCGACGCGAUGGGAAUCCGACCUCCGUAUCCAGACCAAGUAUGCAGUCUCGAAGGAAGUUCAUGUCUCCGAUUGCCAUACUUUGACGAAUUAGGUCCAGGUCCAGUCGCCCUCGAACAUCUGGUGGAGAACAUGACGUGUCGAACACCCCAAUUGGACUCUUUGAAAGACAGACACGAGUCGAUCCUUCGUAUGUUACAAACAGAUAGAGGAGUCCGAUUCUGUCAUAUGGACUUACAUCCCGGAAAUAUAUUGGUUGAGGGCGGGAAAGUGACGGGAAUUGCGGAUUGGGAAUACGCAGGAUGGUACACUGCAACGAUGGAGGUUUUCGCGGCGGUUUGUCAUUCGCACAGGUUGAGAGCAUUCGCUUCAGUUCUGAUAUCGACGUGGGGAUUAUCAUCAGAGCUUGAUAAUGAUGCGCAGGAGUCUAUGAGCAAGCUGUAUCAAGGGACCAUGAGAGCGCAGCGUGAGAAUAUCAGGGCGGAGAUGGUGGAGAAGAUGCGAUUGAGGAAACUGAUCCGUCAGGAGGCGAAACGUCUCCGACAGGUCAAUGAGACCCAAUAG